CAACCGGGUGGAGUAUCACGGAGGGACAACCUGCAGCCUUCCCAAAUCCGUCCAGUAUCAAAUCAGCCUCCACUAAUCCCUACCUGUCCCUUGAAGAGGAAGCUCGAGCGAUCUGAUGCCAGCCCUCCCACCAAAAUCUCCCUUCCCAGGCGUCUUGUCAAAUGGGAGCCACCCCAUUCCUCUCAAGAGAAGGUAGAGAGAGAAGGAGGAGUUGCAGGGCUGGAGGGAGCCAGGCCAGAAAUCUCCAUCCCUAAACAUCGAGACAUCUUUCUAGUAACUGCCAAGGAACUCCAAGCUAACGCCAGGCUUGUGCAAACAUCAGCAGGAGUAGUACGGGUGCACACAGCCACACAUAUUGCCAAACCUUCAACUGUACCUCUUCACAGGCAGAGUGAGAGGGGGCAAGAAUUAACCAGAGAAAGCUCUACAAAGAACAGCUCCUCCAUAGCACCCAAACUCCCCAAGGUGACGCUGACUAAGUGUUGCCCAGACAAGACCUCAAAUGAGCCAAAAACAGCCCAAGAGGGAGCUAACAGCGGUGUGUCACAGAACCAGUUCAAAGGUUCCCGUCUGACCACAGCCCUUACCUCUGACCCUAGAGUGAAGGAUGCUGGGAAGUUGAAUGCUGAUGAGAGGGUGUGGGUGCUGGAGGAGGCAAAACAGGCCAAAGCGCUGGUGCUGGUUAUGGUUUACAAAGAUGGAACCACACAGUUAGACCCAGAACAUAAGCUGACGCCUUCAGUGUGUGGUCUGCUGGUUCUGAUAAAGAGGGAUCUGGACCGCAAUGUACCAGAGGACUCGCUGGGACCUAGUGACAGCCUGGUCUACUUAAGACUAGAACACGCACCUGCAUGGGCCCAGCAACACACACACCAGAACCAUGAAUGCUUUACUAGAGAGAUGCUGCAGCAGGUCUUAUCAGGGUCUCAGCUCGUGGUGUGCUAUAAAGCCAAAGACCUGCUCCGCACAGCUCUGCAGCACUAUAGACAGCACCUCCACUGGAAACAAGUUGCAGGUUGUCGUAUCCAAGACCCUCAGGUGUCAGCAUGGCUGCUAGACCCUGCAGACCCAGCGUCCUGUUACCGAGACCUGCUGAAGAAGUACUGUAGAAGACUCUCUGCAACACCUGCCCUGGGAUUUAAAAUGGUGUCUCAUGUUAUCUCAGAUCUCUCUAUGCUUUACUGGCUUAACUUGGAGCUCUGCUCUAAACUACAGAGCCAGAAGCUGUGGGACCUCUAUUCUAACAUGGAGCUGAGAAUGAUCCCGGUUUUGGCAGCUAUGGAGAGCCACAGAAUCAUUGUGGAUAAGGAAGCACUGAAGAAAACAUCAGACAUGCUGGCGACGACGCUAAAGCAGCUGGAGCAGGAAGCCCAUCAGGCAGCUGGACAGGUGUUCCUGGUCUCCAGCAGCACUCAGCUACGAACAGUUUUGUUUGAGAAGCUGCGCCUCCAUGAACACUGUGAGAACAAGAAGCUCCCCAAGACUAUCAACAAACAGCAGCAGUCGACGUCAGAGGCUGCUCUGUUGCAGCUUCAGGAGCUCCACCCUCUGCCAAAGAUUAUUCUGGAGCACAGACAGGUGCACAAGAUCAAGUCCACCUUCGUAGAUGGGAUUCUGUCAUGCAUGAUGAGCAAGCAUUACAUCUCUUCCACAUGGCACCAGACCAGCGCAGUGACAGGCAGAAUCUCAGCUAAACACCCGAACUUCCAGGCCCUCCCGAGGCAGCCCGUCAGCAUCACCAAGAAGCAGUACAUCCAAGGGAAGGAGGCAGAGGUGGUGAUGGUCCAUCCCCGAGCCAUGUUCCUCCCUCAAGAAGGUUGGACCUUCCUGGCUGCAGAUUUUUGCCAAGUGGAGCUGCGUCUGCUGGCCCACCUCUCCUCUGACCCUGAGCUGCUCCGUAUCUUCUCCGACCCCCAAGCUGAUGUCUUCACCAUGCUAGCCUCUCAGUGGAAGGGGAUAAAUGAAGGAGAAGUGACUCCAGAAGACAGGGAACAUGCCAAACGCGUUGUUUACUCUGUUGUGUAUGGGGCAGGCCGAAAGCGUCUGUCUGUGAUUUUGGGGGUGAGUGCGGAGCAGGCCAGCCAGUUCCAGGACAGCUUCCUGCAGACAUACAGGGAGGUCCACGCCUUCAUCCAGAGGACCAUCCAGCAGUGCCACAAGCAAGGUUACGUACUCUCCAUCAUGGGUCGUCGUCGGACCCUGCCCAACAUCCACUCCCCUGACUGGGGUGUCCGAAUGCAGGCCGAGAGACAGGCUGUUAACUUCGUAGUGCAAGGUUCAGCUGCUGACCUGUGUAAAGCGGCCAUGAUCAGAAUCUUCUCACAGGUCUCCUCCUCCAGCGUGCUUUCUGCCAGGCUGGUGGCCCAGCUCCACGAUGAGCUGCUGUAUGAGGUGGAGGACUCCCAGGUGGAGCAGUUUGCAGCUCUUGUGAAGAGUACCAUGGAGUCCCUGCAGCACAUAGACUGUCUCGGAGUUAAUCUGAAGGUCCCCCUGAAGGUGGUGGUCUCCAGUGGCAAGUCGUGGGGCUCCAUGUCAGACCUGAACAUACCUCGAACGUCACUCUCUCUCUGA